AUGCUUUGUUGGUAUCUUCCUUUCUUUUUUCCUUUCUUUUUUCCUUUCUUUCUUUCUUUCUUUCUUUCAUUUAUUUCUUUGCAUUUCUAUAUUUCGUUCUUUCUUUUUUUCUCUCAAUCUCUUUCUUUCCUUCCUUCUUUCUUUUUUCUUUCUUUCUUUCCUUCUUUCCUUUGUUCUUUCUUUGCAUUUCUAUAUUUCCUUCUUUCUUUCUAUCAGUUUAACUUUAUCUUCUUUUUGCAUUGUCUUCGUUUAUUUUUUCAUUCCUUCUUUCUUUCUUUCUUUCUAUUGCUAUAUUUCCUUCUUUUUUUUCUAUCAAUUCAACUUUAUCUUCUUUUUGAAUUCAUUUUCUUUCCCUCUUUCUUUCUUUCUUUUUCUUUCCUUCUUUUUUUUUUCUUUAUUUGCAUUUCUAUAUUUCGUUCUUACUCUCUUUCUAUCAAUUUAAUCUUUUUUCUUUUUUGCAUUCUCUUUCUUUCAUUCUUUCUUUCUUUUUUCUCUCUUUUUUGCAUUUCUUUGCUUUUCUAUAUUUCCUUCUUUCUUUAUUCCUAUCAAUUUAAUUUCUUUUUUACAUUUUCUUCCUUCCUUUCUUUCUUUCUUUCUUUCUUUCUUUCUUUCUUUCUUUCUUUCUCACGAGACGAUUCGUUGAAUGACGGCUUAAAAAUCAAUUUUUUUUCUUUCUUUCUUUCUUUCUUUCUUUCUUUCUUUCUUUCUUUCUUUCUUUUAUCGACAUGA